GCCAGUGCGGACGGGACUCUUCUGACAAGACACACACACACGCCAGCACACAAACGUCGAGCAUGAGCAGUGAGACCCCUGGAUUCGUCCACAUCCAACCAGGCACCAUCUGAAUGGAAUCUGGGCCUGGAAGAAGCAAAGACAACUGCAGUCAUCAGCUGAACUUUUUGGAGGGUGUUACUAUUCCCUUAUAUGGCAACAGGGCUGCGAAAUCAUUUGAAUUAGUCUGGUUUCUGUUGCAUGCCUGUCUGGUUUUAGUGCUGACUGAGUUCCAUCUGGUAUGUUUCUGUCGCUGCUGUGUGCGUGUGUGGGAGCCGCGUGUGCGGCUUGAUUUGUUUGUUUUGCCUCCUUGGUUCUUCUUUUCCUGUUGUUUGCAUGUGGGGUUCCUGUUUGGGGACAAGAGGAGAGCUUGUGCUUGUGGUUAAGCUAGAGGCACCGUCAUUGCCUCAGGGUUGGCUGCUUCACUCAGACUCUGCACCUCUUGCUGUUAUUCCUCUACCUCCUCUUUUGCUCCCGCGCGCUGCUGCGAUGAUCGAUGUUUGUUGGAGCAACACACCCACUUGGAUGCAGAAAACUGAAAGGGGGUCCCAGCACAGGAGGGCUAUCAUCAAAAAGGUGGACUGCAGCUUCUGUUGAGAAGCGCGGUGUUGUUACAGUGGACUAAUCUCAAGAUCAGCUGGAUGCAUAUUUCUUCCUACGAUGCAACAGGAUGUGUGACCCAGAAGGAAUCAAUAGGGUCUCAGGAAGCACUAGUGGAUAAAGACGAGGUGUUGGGUUGUCUGUGUGACACUUUUGAUCAUGAACAAAAUGAUCAUGGGAAACGCAAAUGCUUAAAUUGACCGCUCAGCACACUGGCGCUGACAACUCGAGUGACCUUCUGCCAGCAUCAUGCCAUCUGACAACUUCUGACACAGCAAACUUCCAUUGGACUUGUUAUGUCAGGCUCACCGCCUCAUGUGGACGACUUUUAUGAACAUACCUCUCAACAUUGAUUGCCAUGGCUGCGGCGGCAUGGUAUCAUCGUGACAUCAGCCGUGUGCAUGCAGAGGACUUGCUGGCACGGGCAGGGAGGGAUGGCAGCUACCUAGUGAGAGACAGUGAGUCAGUGCCAGGAGCCUACGCACUGUGCCUGCUGUUCCAACGUCAUGUUCACACCUAUCGUAUACUCCCUGAUGCGGACGGCCUCCUCGCAGUUCAGACAACACAGGGGGUGCAGGUAAACUGUUUCCGGACACUGGAGGACUUGGUGUUGGGGUACCAGCAUCCCCACAAGGGCCUUGUCAUGCCUCUGCUCUACCCUGUUCCCCGGGAUAUAGACACAGGGGAUGAGAGCUCAGAUGAUGAGAAGCCUCCUGUAGUUCCAGCCUCUGUCAACACAGCACUUUUAUAUGGACCACCAGCUAAACCAGGGCCUCCUGCCCCAUUUCUUGAUAAAUUACAGGAGCUGAACACAUCCAGUGCCGCAGGUGACGUGAUGGGUCUGCUCAAUGACUACCUCUUCAGUGAGCUGCCUCUCGACAUUGAGAAUGUGCAUAAAGGGGCAACAGCUCUAUGCCACCUCAAACGUACUCUGGGUACUGCCUGCCAGGGCCUGAACAGUGAGAUUGACCUGACUCUCUCAAGUCUAGAAACCCUGGCCAAGGUCUUCGACCAUCCGAGCUGCUCUUUAACACACAACAAGGCACAGGGCCCAGACAUGGAGAUGGACACCUUGUUGUGCAAGAUUUCAGCGUUGGUCAGCCUCCUUUCUUCGCUGGAAAAAAAAGUGCUAAAAGCACUGCAAGAUGCAGUGACCAAUCACAAUCUGGCCGUGCAGCCCAAUCCACCCCCUCCUGAGCCAACACCCACCAACAUACCACCAGCAAAGAACCAUGCCAGACAGGUGCCAGUCCACUCCUUUCAGGUGAAGAUGGUGAGGUAUGGCAGACAGACCGUUUCUGUCGAUGUGGACACAGGAAUGCUGCUUUUUGACAGAAAGGCUGCUUCAUUUGGUAUAGAAAAGGUCUCACAUGACAGAAUCCUCCAGAUUGUCAAGUUUGAGAGCAGUCCAGCCAAGGUACGCAUGGUGGUUGACAGCCACCACAACACGCCACGGGAGAUAACGUUUGAGAGUGCACGGAAACGUGACUCCUUCUGCCAACUCCUCCAAAUGAUGAAAACCAGACACUCUCAGCUGAGUGAACCUGACAUGGUCUCUGUGUUCGUUGGCACCUGGAAUAUGGGUGGGUCCCCUCCGCCUCGCAACCUGCAGACGUGGGUGACCUGCUGUGGUUUGGGACACACCCCUGAUGAGUCGACCGCAUUGCUGCCUCAUGACAUCUAUGCCUUGGGGACUCAGGAAAACCCUCAGAGUGAGAGAGAGUGGACAGAACAUAUCAAAGCAACCCUUCGCAGCUUUACUCAAGUUGACUUCAAACAAGUGGCAGUGCAGUCCCUCUGGAAUAUGAGGCUUGCUGUGUUUGUGAAACCAGAGCAUGAGAAUCGCAUCAGCCAUGUGAACAGUGCCAGCGUGAAGACUGGGUUGGGGAACGCACUUGGGAACAAAGGAGCUGUUGGAGUCUCCUUCCUCUUCAAUGGGACAUCUUUUGGGUUUGUUAACUGUCACCUGACUUCUGGAAGCGAGAAAGUCCUGAGGAGGAACCAGAACAUUGUGGACAUCCUCAGACUGCUUUCUUUAGGCGACAAACAGCUCGGUGCCUUUGACAUCAGCCUGCGCUUCACUCACCUCUUCUGGUGUGGAGACCUCAACUAUAGACUCGACUUGGAUGUCCAGGACAUCCUGAAACAUGUAUCCAAGAGAGAGUUUGAGGAGCUCAUGUGUGCAGACCAGCUGACCCGAGAGAGACACAAGAGGAAGGCCUUUCUCAAUUUCAAGGAAGAAAAGAUUGCAUUUCCACCAACCUAUCGGUAUGAACGUGGCUCUAGAGACUGCUACCUGUGGCAGAAGUACAAGACUUCAGGGGUGCGGGUCAAUGUUCCGUCGUGGUGUGACAGGAUUCUGUGGAAGUCGUAUCCAGAGAUGCACAUAAUAUGCACAGCAUAUGGUUGCACUGACGACAUCUUCACGAGCGAUCACUCGCCUGUUUUUGCCACGUUCCAAGUGGGAGUGACAUCGCAGUUCAGCUUCAAAACAGAUCCAAAUCCUGGCGUGGAGAGGGCCUGGAUAGAGCUUGAAGGCAUGGAGGCCAUUGUGAAGACUGCAAGCAAAGCCAAGUUCUUCAUUGAAUUCCAUUCAUCUUGCCUUGAAGAGACUCAACGCUCAAGUGAGAAUGACUCGCAGAGCUGUGAUGUUCCUGGGUUUCUCAAACUGGGCUGGUCCUUCAAACAACUGCCCAAGCUUCUUCCAGUCAUGUCUGACAUGGAGUACCUUCAGGAUCAGCACCUGCUGUUGUCUGUCAAGUCAUGUGAUGGGUUUGAGUCAUACGGUGAAUGCUGUGUAGCUCUGCGGUCACUCACUCGUGCAUCAGAGCAGUUUGAGACAUUUCUGAUUCACCGCGGUGAGGAGAUGGGCUCAAUAAGAGGACGGGUCAGGGUCCAUGUGCCCAAGGACAGACGUAGGAUGCGGGAGAAGACCUAUGAGGGGUUCUGUUUCGAGAAAGACGAUAAACGGCCUGCGAGGGGACACGUGUCUCCUGCAUCUACACGGGUCCCAAUAAAUAGGUCCUCGCCUGUUCCUCCUAAACCAACUCCGAGCAGCUACACCAAUCCUGCCUACUUCAUCUUCGAAGGCGUGUCGGUGCCACGCAGGGUGGAGGAGGCUCUCCCCCUGCAAAGGGACCCUCAGUUGAUCUGGUCUGGUAAUGAGGCCUUGCAGCUGCCAAAAAUCUCAGGACGUCAGGGCUUUGACAGGCGACCCUGUCGCAGAUCAGACUUUACGGAGAUUGAAAUUCCAGCCAUCCUGCCCCAGUGCACUCCAACCAAUGACCUUCUAACACCCCAAACCAACUCCUCCUAUCAGCUUUUCCCUGCCAAAGACCCAUCUCCCAUUUCUCCACCCUCGAGUAACGCCAUCUCACAGUACCAGGAACAGACUUCCCAAUCCAGAGACAAAUAUCACGGUAAACAUUUUGUGCAGGACUCCAUACUGCCAGAGAAGAACCUGAGGAACUUGUAUAUGAAUCACUCAGCAAUAAUUAGGGAAAAAACAAGAAGAGAUCAACAUCAGCUUCUCCCAGAGAGGACCAAUCCAAUCCGAGCAGCCAAGGCGCCGUCAGCUUUCCCCUACACCCCCACACACUUACCACACUGUCAGGCUUCUGUUCCCUGGAUGGUGGAUCAGCAGCCACCAGCACCUACAGGGGAUAACUCCCUCACUGCCUUGCAAAUGGCCAAGUCCCUCAGCGAAGUGGACUUCUUCCCCACAGAGCUGAGAGGCCCAACAAUAACCAACCAGAGGCCAAGUUAUAGAAAUGGUCCUUCAAUGCAUGGGGAUAGAGGCUACUGCUGGGAGAAAGAGCAGGUGUCUGUCCUCCAAGGUGCACCAGAGACGGUGAGGGAGCUUCUCAGUACUCUGGGUCUUCAGAAAUACACCCUGGGACUCAGUCUCAAUGGCUGGGAUGAUCUGGAUUACUUCAGUGGCAUCACUGAGGAGGAUCUACACGCUGCUGGAGUAACGAACCCUUCGCACCGACGCAGGAUCCUUGAGAACCUGCCCAGGAACUGGAACUGACCAACAGAGAAGACUAACGUCAUAGUCUUCUCACUUCGAACUGGAAGAACUGCUAGAACGAGAUCUGAAGAGAGGACAGACUGAUGAAUCGCUGGACUUUUCCUCAGUCCUGCCGUCUUUUCAUUUACUUGACCAAGGGAACACAGAGCAGGAUGUACUGCGUACUCAAUCCUGUUGUCUUGGAUUGAUCUCCGACACCAAAAUGAAAAUCCGAAAAGUAAACAUUUUCAAUUUUGGUUGUUUUUAAAUUAGCAAAUUUCACUUUUUCUGAAAAUGAACCUCCAUCUCUAACUCAACAUUAUCAACAACAGCUACAACAUUGACGAUCCAGUUAUACGAAGGCUGUGACCAGUCUGUUGUUGUAGUGUGUGAGAGUGCUGCUGUGUGCCGGGAAGGAGCGUAGAAGAGAUUAGAGUGAGUGAUUACACCUGAGAGGCAGAGCUUGGCAAACGCUAAAGGGCGGAAGCACGUGGGGAAAAGUUUUCCUUUGACACUCUCUCCCCAAAAAGCCUUUGCACAUGCUUCACAUUGACAAAGGGUCUGUUUUUCCAAACAUAGCCAAGUAGUUUUGUUGUCUAAACUUUGCCAAACUGCAACUGAAAAUUAAAGCCAGUAAAGCUUUCUGCCAGAAGGCCUGAAGGCAGUCUCCUCCUGACAGUAGCCUACACCAGCACAUAUUCAGGACUCUACCUGUUAAACAAGUUGACAACGAUAACUUAAAGUAGCCCCAAUGUUACAUUUUUAGAAAUGGAAACAGGAUUUAAUUUUUUUUUUGACUCAUUACAUAAAAAAAGCACAUGAUAAAAAUGGAAAAAAUUAAAUGGAAGUUAGCUCUAUUUCUUUUUUUGUAACACUUUUACAAACAUUGACAGUUUACAAUGAUCCUGUUGUUCAUUUUCAGAUUUUCAUUUCAGAAUAGGAAACCACUUGAGACGAAGGUACAGGGAUCGUACUCCCUGCACAGUCUGCUUUAUUCAUCUAUCCAUCUUGACAGAUAAUCAGAGGUGGGUGAUGUGAAUGGAAAGCCUUGAUAUGUAUCUCUAGUUACUGACUCGUACACAAAUGUUUAUCAUGGCAGCAAGGACUAGUGAUUUUGUUUUAAAUGAUUUUUUAAACAGCUAUAAAAUUACAAUCCUUCAAUUUCCAGUGUUCACACAAGGCAAGUGUUUACCGUUCACCUUCAUCCCUUCUACCGUGUGCUUUCCAUUAUUCUGCUAUUAUUGAGCCUAGACCUGAGCUUGUAAAAGCCCUCUGUUAAACCUAUGGAGCAUAAAAUCCCAAGCUGUAUCUACUGGAACAUUGUCUGUAAAGUUGUUGUAGAAUUGCCUGCCAUAUCUCAUUUUGUUUACCGUCUCCCACUGUUGCUAUUGUGUCACUUAAUCAGUACCUAUGCGCACUGUGCAUGUUUUAUGCAACCUUUUUACAGUAAAGUGCAUAAAGCAACUCUUGACUGUCA